AUGAUUUCUUCCGUCUCUGCCGCGCUGGCGCUGGCGUCCGUGAGCAGCGUUCUCGCUGUGCCCAUCAACACGAACGUCACGCCGCUGGUUGCUCGUGCCACGGCACCUAGCCCGGCAUUCGUCAUCUACACGGACAAGUUUGUGUCCGCGGACGUGCUUCCCCCCGCCACCUCGCUCGCUGGUUACAACGUCGUCGCCCUCUCCUUCCUCACGCUCAACGGCGCGCUCGACCAGGCCGGCGCAUACGCCGCGCUGACCGCCGACGCGCGCGCCGCGAAGAAGGCCGAGUACACGGCCGCCGGCAUCAACAUCAUCGUCUCCGCCUUCGGCGAGACGGACAAGCCGACGAGCGCGGGCGCGGACCCGACCGCCACCGCGAACACGAUGGCGCAGUUCGUGCUCGCGAACCAGCUCGACGGGAUCGACGUCGACUACGAGGACCUGGACGCGAUGAACAAGGGCGACGGCGCGGCCGAGGCGUGGGUGUCGACGUUCACGACGACGCUCCGUCAGACGCUGCCCCAGGGCCAGUUCAUCCUCACGCACGCGCCGCUCGCGCCGUGGCUGUCGCCCAACGCGCAGUUCGCGGCCGGCGCGUACCUGACGGUCAACAAGAACGUCGGCGCCCUGAUUGACUGGUACAACAUCCAGUUCUACAACCAGGGCCUCUACACCGACUGCACAGGCCUCCUCACCGCGUCCGGCGGCGCCUUCCCUGGCUCCUCCGUCUUCGAGAUCCAGGCGAACGGCGUCGACCUCAACAAGCUCGUCAUCGGCAAGCCCGGCACGGCCGCCGACGCGACCAACGGGUUCAUCGACCCCGCGACGCUCGGGACGUGCGUCGACCAGGCGAAGGCAAAGGGCUGGAACGCCGGUGUCAUGGCCUUCCAGUUCCCCGACGCCGACGCGACCUGGAUCAAGGCCGCGAAGGGCACGUCCUUCGCGUGA